AUCUGGCCUCAAAACUGCUUCUUUACCCGAAGACGUGGUGUACGAAAUGACCGCAAAUGCAAAGUUCCGAAAUGGCGACGAAAUGAGUUCAUCUUCUUGGACGUAAAAGCGGCGGCGGACGCUGCUCCGUGUUUUGUGAUCGUUUGGUCGCUAGAUGGCGCAAGUGCCCCAGCUUCCUUGGGAUUAGCGGCAGCUUGCAGCUUGCAUCCCUUUUGCGUUACACCAUCAAGUGGCUUCAAAGCUGCAAACCAUGAAAUGGCAUUCAAAGGCAAAGCGGUCGACUCAAAGACCGUGCUGCUCAAUCUGCUGCUGUGCCUGCUCAUAUUUUACUCCCUUUUCUACAUGAUCGGGAGUGUGUGCUUCGGUGCUUUCAGGUUGGAUCAGUUUGACGGGCUGAUUCCAUUCGAUUUUAAAACUGAACCUGCUGAGUCUAACUCCAAAUACCUGGUCAACCUCCUCUCCUUGGAGCUGACCUACUUUUGUAGUGGCAUACUGUUUGCUGCAGUGGUGAAGAGGCGGGUUUGGGACUACGCCCUCACUGUCACACUUCUUCAUGUCAUGAUCACCAGCCUGGUGAUGUUGGAGUUUCCUACAGUUUGGCAGUGGUGGCUGGCUUUAGUUAGCGGCUUGUUUUUGAUGAUUUGCAAUGGUCAGCUGAUUGCUUACUUCACAUGUCAGAGUGAGCAGAGCUACGCCACCUUCAGCUACUACUGACAAGCUGGAAAGGCAAAAAAUUAGGAUAACGUCAGCUCAUUUAAAUUAUUCUGUUAAAAAGGUUAAACUUGUGUUUAUAUACAUUCACUACACACAGAGUGAUCUAUUUCAAGCUUUUGUUACUGUUAAUUUUGAUGAUUAUGUUUUACAGUUAAUAAAAGCCCCAAAUUCUGUCUCUUAGAAAAUUCAAAUGUUACAUAAAACCAGUGAAAAUGAUUGUUAAAAUGUAAAAGACUGCUAGCAGACCCUCCAGUUUGGGGUAAGUCAACAAAGGUCAUUGCUAGAGAAGCUGACUCCUGACAGACUGCUGUAUCUAAGCAUAUCAAUGGAAAGUUUAGUGGAAAUAAAAUAGUAAUACUAGAAAAGUAGGAAAAGGGGUGAUUACAGUGAAGUCAAGUGUUUAGUGGGAGAUUUACAAGACUUGGACAGUAGUUGAAUUCAGAGCUUCAUGAUCUUCCACUGACAGAAUAUGGGCUACAACUGUCCUGUUCUCAUGUUUAGUCACCCCCAAACCAGAAAGAACAAAAACCUCCAAACUGGGCAAAAGAGAAAACGCACUGGUCUAAGCAUGGACUGGUUACUGGUAUUAAAGCUUUAGCUGGUAACUUUUAUUAAGAAAAUAUGUUUGUUUUUUUACAUAUUUGUUGAAACUGUCACCAUGUUGUGACUGUAUAAUAUGAGACUGAUAAUCUGUGAAAAGAUUAAGCUCCUCUGCCUCCUCCCAGUGGUCCUACUGUUACCUGCAGAAAUUCUGACAGAAAUUCUGGCAGAAAUCCUGGUGUAGUCAGAAACAACCAAUCAGAACUAAGAGGAGGGGCUUAGCACUUUCAGUCAUGCUUGUGUAUGCGCUGCUCACACUUUCCUCCACUGCCGUGUAUGCUCGGGCUAGUUAGCUUAGCCACAGAUGAUGGAUAAACAGUUCCCUGAAACAGUAAGUUGUUUCUCUGCCAUUAGCACAUUGAGCAGUGCGUACAUAAGGGUGAUUGACAUUGCUAAGACCCUCUUCCGGGCUCUGAUUGGUUGUUUUUGACUGAGCUGUGACUUUCAGAUAGCAGUAGGAUCACUGGGAGGAGGCAGAGGAGCUUGAUUGACAAUCUGAAAUUCACAGCUCAGUCAAAAACAAUCAGAGAAACAACAAACAACUUGCUGUUUCAGAAAACUGUUUAUCUGUCAUCUGUGGCUAAGCUAACUAGCCCAAGCAUUCACGGCAGUGGAGGAACGUGUGAGCAGCGCAUACACAAGCUGACUGAAAGUGCUAAGCCCCUCCUCUUAGCUCUAAUUGGUUGUUUCUGAUUGGAGUAGAGGAUUUAUGUAGAUGGCAGUAAGACCACAGUGAGAAGGCAGAGGGGCAAAAUUUUUUUCACAGAUUAUCUGUCUCAUACUGUCACAACAGAGACAGUUUUAACAAAUAUGUAAAAAAAAAAAAAAAAAAAUUUAAAUAAAAGUUAUCAACUGCAGCUUUGAGGUUUACCAAGGCUUUAAACAGUUACAGUUUCAAAACCGCCAAAGCUUUCCAUCAUACUAUUCUCAUUGGUUAUGGUUCUUUCAGUGAGACGCCAGAGAAAGUAGUGGAGUGAUGGAAUUUCUCUCUGGCUUUAGGGGUCACAGAAGAACAGAGUGCUCCCCUCCCCUACAUGUUGCUACACACUACCAGUUAGCAGCCUAAAAAAGGUUGAUUUGUUUUCCUUCACUGACAAGAAAUACAAAUCUGGCUAUUUGGAAAUGUUUCUGCUGUGAUAAACACAGACAAUCAUGGUGGGGGUUCCUUUUGCUUGACUUAUUUCAUGGAGGCGACCAGUCUCUGCUUUUGUGUUAAUAGUUUCCUUUCUGUCACUCGUCUCCAUUUUAUGGAUUUCAUGUCUCAUAUUUGCCUUUUUUACAGCGAGCCGUUGAUUCUCUGUGACAGUGGUGCCCAAGUCCAGUCCUCGAGAUCUACCGUCCUAAAACGUUUAGAUUCCUCUCUUCUCCAGCACACAUGAAUCAAAUGCCUCGAUAACAGGCACCUGUAGAGCUAAAAGAUACUGACAAGCCAUUUGAUUCAAGUGUGUUGAAAAGAAGGGAUCUACAAGUUAUGUACUUUUUCAAAAAAUUAAUUAUUUCUGGAGCUGCUAAAAUAUUGCAGUGAUUCUUAGAAUUUUAAUAAUGUUGGUUGUAUAAUUUAAGAAAAAAAUGUUACCAUAACAGUUCAUGUUUCUUGCAACCAAGCAGACUGUCUUCCUUAUAGGGAGGGAAAGCCUUUCUGAGGCAGCUAACUAGCAGUGUGCAGAAACAUGUAGAGGAGGGGAGCACUGUGUUGUUUCCUUAUAACCAGAGAAAAGUCCAGUCACUGCAGCGGUUUCUCUUGAAUCUCAAUAAAAGGACUUAAACAUGGAGAAAAGUUUGACUGAAAAUGUUCGCGGUUCUGACACUGUAACUGUGAAAAACCUUUGGAACAACUUGAUACCGGUAACUGGGUCAUGUCUAGUCCGGUUCUCGUUCUAUUAGCCCAGCUAACUGAUGUUUCUGACCUUGUUUCUGGUUUAGGAGUAGUUUAACACAAAGACUGAUAAUUGUAUCUCAUGUCCUGCAUCUUGAAGCAUUGACUCCAGUCCACACCGUGUGAAUCUCCCCCUAACUGUUGAACAAGCUGCUCUUCAUACUUUUUUCUUCAGCUAAACUUUCCAUUAAUAUACCUUGAUACAGCACUGUGAGAGUAGUCAGCUUCCUUAGCAACAAUCUUUUGUGGAGGCUGUCAGACUGUCAGCUCAGCAGUCUUCUUCAUGACCGACUGUGAGUGCCCUAGUCCAGUCGUUAAGGGUUACCAUCCUGCAACUUUCAGACGCAUCCCUUCUCCAACACACCUGAAUUAAACGAAUCACCUCUGCAGAGCUGACUGACUGCUGAUGAGGGAAUUCAGCUUUUUGAUUCAAGCGUAAUGGAGCAGGGAUGCAUGUAAAAGUCGCAGGAUUGUAACCCUUAACGACUGGACUAGGGCUCCCCUGGUGUAGAGCAUGACAUUAUUGGUCUUAUGUAUUUUUCUGGGAAACAGAAUUUGGGGUUUUAAAUAUCUGUAAGCCAUAAACAUAAAUAUUUAAAAUAGAUCACUCUGUGUGAUAAAUUAGCUAUAUUUUCUGAUUUAAUUCAACUUUUUGAUAUUCAUAAACUGUUUUUGUUUUGUUUGUCACAACACAAAGGGCAGUAUGUAUUUUUGCUAAUAAUGGCAUUCAGCUGUGUGUUGUAUACAAGUGCUAUGUAUAGAAAAGUUUUCCUGUUACGUUUGCAAUGCGCUCUGCUUCUGUCUUUAAGUAUGUAAUAUUAAAAAAAGCCAGUAAGAUAAGAUGUAACUAGUGAAUGUAUUUAUAAGUGGGACCUGUGCAAUAAAGCAUAUAAAUAUUUUUUAUAUAAA